AAAGAGAAGAUGCACUUACAGCGAAUGGACCGCAACAUAUACUCUUGGCAAAGACGGCGAAGCAGAGAGGGCAUUUAUUUGCGUUUUUCUCUGGGGCAUGGUGAAGAAUUCGAUGUGAAGCGGCAUGGUGCAAGUAUACAUGUAUUUAAAGUAGAACACCGCAAGUGAUUGUGAAACAAAUCUACUAAGACAUGCCGAACAGGUCAAAACCUCAUGGGGAUACCAGAAGGAGAGGGGAUUUAUACAUUGAGGAGAUGGCCUCACAGAGAGACUUAAGACAACAUUGUGGAAAAGGAUAUGGUGGUGUCUACAAGCUGGCUGGUGUAUGUUUUGGUGUACUGUCUAUUCUGCAAGCAGCACUUAACGUCUCACUACGCCUUUACUUUCACACCUGUGUAGUGACCAAUACCAGCUGGAAUGAAGACAACGAGUCGCUUAUGGCUGCAACCAGCUACAACUACUUAACCACAGAGAGAGACCAGCUAUUGGCCAACUUCACAAACCUGAUGACAGAGAGAGACCAACUAUUGGCCAAUUUCACAAACCUGAUGACAGAGAGAGACCAGCUAUUGGCCAAUUUCACAAACCUGAUGACAGAGAGAGACCAACUACUGGCUAAUUUCACAACCCUGAUGACAGAGAGAGACAAUCUUCAGAGAAAUCUCUCUAAACUUGAAGCUGGCAGCGCUCAUGGCUGGAAAUAUUUUAGCUCCAGCUUCUACUUCAUCUCUUCUGAGCGCAGGACCUGGAAGGAGAGUAGGCAUAACUGCAAAGAGAGGAGCGCCGAUCUAGUGGUCAUAAACAGCAGAGAGGAACAGAAUUUUGUAGUUGACUUUGGGAGAAAAAUGGGAUACAUUCUAUGGAUGGGAGCAACAGACCAUGACAGAGAAGGAUUUUGGCAAUGGGUGGAUGGCACUUUAGUCAUUACUGGGUACUGGAUGAAUAACCGACCAGAAAACGGCUUAAUGGGAGAGGAUGAGGAUUGUAUCACUCUCCAGCCUGCCAAAUAUAACCCAUUACAAACCUGGGCUGAUGUCUCCUGUGACCUCAAACUUCACUGGAUCUGUGAGAAAGUUGCACAUCUUUAGCUGUUGUCCCAAAUCCUAUAACAUAGGAACACGGAUGAAUACCCAUAAUGAAAAGCUAUAGCCUACUGACCGUGUGCACCCAUAGGAAUAUGCACUGUGUAUUUUGAAUCUUGAAAUGUUUUUGUUGCUGUUUCACUGUCAUCAAAUACAACCCCAAAUCAGAAAUCAGAUAUAAAACAAUAUAAUUAUCUGCAAAUCUCUUUAACUCGUAUAUAGUUGCAAAAAGGAUACAGAUAAGACAUAUCAAAUGUUGAAAAUGACAAAUUUGACAAUUUCAUGGUAAAUAUGUUCAUUUUGGAUUCGAUAGGCCUAUGUUUCAAAUUCAUUCAUGUUGGGAUGGUGUAACCUGCGAACCGGAGUGGGCGUGCCAUUCUGCUAUUCAGAUGGGAAAAGGCUAAAAGCAUUUCCGUCCAAGUCGACUGUUGCCAUGAGUAAACAAAAUGAGUCAACUAGCAUUGCACUGCAGAUGUUGACUAGCAUUUUAAACAGCUAAUUUCAGCCGUAUUUAUGGGACAACUGUUCAUAUCAUUCUCCUGUUUAUGCACUCAUUUUACUGUAUCAUCAUCAUGUGCUCAUUUUACUAAA